CGGCGGCAAAACAUACUAGUAACUUUCAAUUUUAUAUUUCGCCAAUCACAACCCCCCAUUCCGUCAGUGGUCCUAAUGCUGCGGCUGCCAGUGCGUCACGCGCGGCGCCUCGCGGGGCCGCUCCAGGUAUACGGAGAAGGAAACUCAUACGCUCCAUUGAUCUCACGCUGCUACACCUCAUUAGUAUCGAGAGGAUGUGGCGAUUCGAGCGAUUGUAGCUCCUCUGUGGCACAUCUGAACGACCUCAAGAAUAGGGAGCAAACGGCUGGAAGGCGCCAGAAGACGAGUGCAUCGGAGGAGAAGAUGCUGACAGCGCUGGCGAUAUACAGGGAGAAGAAUGGAAACCUGGUGGUGCCACGUCCGUUCACUGUACCGUCGGGUGAUUUGAGCUGGCCCCAAUCUUUUUGGGGUUUGAGACUUGGGCAGGCAGUAAAUCGCAUUCGGACACGAAGUAAAUUCCAAACAGGCGGGAAGGCUUUGUCGGUGCAGAUGAUCGAGGAACUGGAGAGGAUAGGCUUUGUACAAGAUGUGGCGCAGUACAAAUGGGACCACAUUUACAUGCCGAGUCUCCGUCAAUUCCAGAAGUUGCACGGUACCACAGAUGUGCCUCACAAUUUUGUGGUGCCGGAGGGAAACGAUGCAUGGCCGAAGGCUACGUGGGGUGUAUUACUUGGAUCUAUAGUUCGGGCAAUGCGACAUGGGACAAAUUAUGCUACUCAAAUGGCGGCAUCCAAAGAUGAGCUCGAGAAGAUGGGGUUCUGCUUCACGACCCUAGCAGAACGCGACUGGACGGAGAAAAUCCUUCCUUCACUCAAAACGUAUGAACAAGAAUUCGGGCACUGUUUGAUUCGACAGGACUUUAAAGUACCGUGUUGUCAGCCGUGGCCGAAGAUGGCGUGGGGAAUGACUCUUGGUGAGGUGGUGAAUAGAAUGCGCGUGGAUGCAGCAUACGUGGAGCAAGCCACUCGCGAUAAAGAGAUACUAGACACGAUCGGUUUUGCUUGGAAUCGCGACGAGGCCGUCUGGAACCAACAUAUUCUUCCAGGUAUUCGAGGAUACGCUGAGGUGUUCAAGAAUGGCAAAAUCCCGCAGAAGUUCGUUGUUCCAUAUGAAGAUCCUUGGCCGAGGAGUGCGUGGGGGACGAAAUUAGGAUCGAUCCUCCGUGAUAUGCGGAGCAAAGGAACCUAUUUGGGACACUUUGGUCGUAAUGCAGAUUUGCUGGAUUCGUUAGGGAUCAAUCUGAAACUGUCCGCUCGAGCAUGGCAGAAGCGUAUUGUUCCGUUGCUCGACAUUUACGCAACGCAGUUCGGUGGCGAUGAAGGCAUUCCUGAUGAUUUUAUCAUCCCGUCGGAAGCUCCUUGGCCCGAGGAAGUGUGGGGGGUUCAUCUUGGGCUCAUCGUCGCUCGCAACGUGGCUAGAGUCGUCGGACCAACACAGAGGACGAUAACAAACUAUUUCUAGUUUGUUUACAGUACUUACAAGUACUGAAUAGAAGUAAUAAGCUGUCAAAGAACUGACGGGGUCAAUGUGGCCACUACAUGCAUUGUAAAGUGUGGCUAACUGGGAUCUGCUGUCUUGCGCUGCUUUCGUUCUCCUGUGGUCAUCACUUUCAUCGUUCCUUGCGUAACGGGUCGCCUGUCAGUGGAGAAUACAAUGGGGGGUUGGAACACGGUGAUGCUAGACUCAGUAGGUGGGGCCUUGCAUUCUCCGCAGAACGCGUAGUUAAAUGUCACCCAUUUCGAACUAAUCAGUAUCUCCGUGCCGUUCUUCAGUACCAUGUAUUGAUGAAGAGCAAAAUUACAGCUUUUACCUUUGGGAAUGCUCAAAUACUUUUCAUCUAGAAAAUAAAGGCAAUCCAUACCUGGCAUUCUAGAACACAUAGUAGUCGUCAAGUUUGACUUGU